AUGGUGGUUAGCCGUGCUUCUAAACUCAGACCAUUGGACCCCACAGGACUGAUGGUAAGCUGCUGUUGUAGCCACAGCUGCCCUCACCACAGCCGCCCUGACCACAGCUGCCCUCACCACAGCCGCCCUCACCACAGCCCCCUUCACCACAGCCUCACCACAGCUGCCCUCACCACAGCCGCCCUGACCACAGCUGCCCUCACCACAGCCGCCCUCACCACAGCCGUCCUCACCACAGCCCCCUUCACCACAGCCGCCCUGACCACAGCCGCCCUCACCACAGCCCCCUUCACCACAGCCUCACCACAGCUACCCUCACCACAGCCCACCACAGCCGCCCUCACCACAGCCUCACCACAGCCGCCCUCACCACAGCCUCACCACAGCUGCCCUCACCACAGCCGCCCUCACCACACAGCCUCACCACAGCUGCCCUCACCACAGCCGCCCUCACCACAGCCUCACCACAGCUGCCCUCACCACAGCCUCACCACAGCUGCCCUCACCACAGCCGCCCUCACCACAGCCUCACCACAGCCGCCCUCACCACAGCCUCACCACAGCUGCCCUCACCACAGCCGCCCUCACCACAGCCUCACCACAGCUGCCCUCACCACAGCCGCCCUCACCACAGCCUCACCACAGCUGCCCUCACCACAGCCUCACCACAGCUGCCCUCACCACAGCCGCCCUCACCACAGCCUCACCACAGCUGCCCUCACCACAGCCGCCCUCACCACAGCCUCACCACAGCUGCCCUCACCACAGCCGCCCUCACCACAGCCUCACCACAGCCGCCCUCACCACAGCCGCCCUCACCACAGCUGCCCUCACCACAGCCAUCCUCACCACAGCUGCCCUCACCACAGCUGCCCUGACCACAGCUGCCCUCACCACAGCUGCUCUCACCACAGCCUCACCACAGCCGCCCUCACCACAGCUGCCCUCACCACAGCCGCCCUGACCACAGCCUCACCACAGCUGCCCUCACCACAGCUGCCCUCACCACAGCUGCCCUCACCACAGCUGCCCUCACCACAGCCUCACCACAGCCGCCCUCACCACAGCUGCCCUCACCACAGCUGCCCUCACCACAGCCGCCCUGACCACAGCCUCACCACAGCCGCCCUCACCACAGCCGCCCUCACCACAGCUGCCCUCACCACAGCCCCUCACCACAGCUGCCCUCACCACAGCUGCCCUCACCACAGCCGCCCUGACCACAGCCUCACCACAGCUGCCCUCACCACAGCCUCACCACAGCUGCCCUCACCACAGCCGCCCUCACCACAGCUGCCCCCUCACCACAGCCGCCCUGACCACAGCCUCACCACAGCUGCCCUCACCACAGCCUCACCACAGCUGCCCUCACCACAGCCUCACCACAGCUGCCCUCACCACAGCUGCCCUCACCACAGCCUCACCACAGCUGCCCUCACCACAGCCGCCCUCACCACAGCCUCACCACAGCUGCCCUCACCACAGCCUCACCACAGCUGCCCUCACCACAGCCGCCCUCACCACAGCCUCACCACAGCCGCCCUCACCACAGCCUCACCACAGCUGCCCUCACCACAGCCGCCCUCACCACAGCCUCACCACAGCUGCCCUCACCACAGCCUCACCACAGCUGCCCUCACCACAGCCGCCCUCACCACAGCCGUCCUCACCACAGCCUCACCACAGCCGCCCUCACCACAGCCGACCUCACCACAGCCGCCCUCACCACAGCCGCCCUCACCACAGCCGCACCACAGCCGCCCUCACCACAGCCGCCCUCACCACAGCCUCACCACAGCUGCCCUCACCACAGCCGCCCUCACCACAGCCUCACCACAGCCGCCCUCACCACAGCCGCCCUCACCACAGCUGCCCUCACCACAGCCCCGCCCUCACCACAGCUGCCCUCACCACAGCUGCCCUCACCACAGCCUCACCACAGCUGCCCUGACCACAGCCUCACCACAGCUGCCCUCACCACAGCUGCCCUCACCACAGCUGCCCUCACCACAGCCUCACCACAGCCGCCCUCACCACAGCUGCCCUCACCACAGCUGCCCUCACCACAGCCGCCCUGACCACAGCCUCACCACAGCCGCCCUCACCACAGCCGCCCUCACCACAGCUGCCCUCACCACAGCCCCUCACCACAGCUGCCCUCACCACAGCUGCCCUGACCACAGCUGCCCUCACCACAGCCGCCCUGACCACAGCCUCACCACAGCCGCCCUCACCACAGCCUCACCACAGCUGCCCUCACCACAGCUGCCCUCACCACAGCUGCCCUCACCACAGCUGCCCUCACCACAGCCUCACCACAGCCGCCCUCACCACAGCUGCCCUCACCACAGCUGCCCUCACCACAGCCGCCCUGACCACAGCCUCACCACAGCCGCCCUCACCACAGCCGCCCUCACCACAGCUGCCCUCACCACAGCCGCCCUGACCACAGCCUCACCACAGCCGCCCUCACCACAGCUGCCCUCACCACAGCCCUGCCCUCACCACAGCUGCCCUCACCACAGCUGCCCUCACCACAGCCUCACCACAGCCGCCCUCACCACAGCUGCCCUCACCACAGCUGCCCUCACCACAGCCGCCCUGACCACAGCCUCACCACAGCCGCCCUCACCACAGCCGCCCUCACCACAGCUGCCCUCACCACAGCCGUCCUCACCACAGCUGCCCUCACCACAGCCUCACCACAGCUGCCCUGACCACAGCUGCCCUCACCACAGCUGCCCUCACCACAGCCUCACCACAGCCGCCCUCACCACAGCCUCACCACAGCUGCCCUCACCACAGCCUCACCACAGCUGCCCUCACCACAGCUGCCCUCACCACAGCCGCCCUGACCACAGCCUCACCACAGCUGCCCUCACCACAGCCUCACCACAGCUGCCCUCACCACAGCCGCCCUCACCACAGCCUCACCACAGCCGCCCUCACCACAGCUGCCCUCACCACACAGCCCCUCACCACAGCCGCCCUCACCACAGCCGCCCUCACCACAGCUGCCCUCACCACAGCCGUCCUCACCACAGCUGCCCUCACCACAGCCUCACCACAGCUGCCCUGACCACAGCUGCCCUCACCACAGCUGCCCUCACCACAGCCUCACCACAGCCGCCCUCACCACAGCCUCACCACAGCUGCCCUCACCACAGCCUCACCACAGCUGCCCUCACCACAGCUGCCCUCACCACAGCCGCCCUGACCACAGCCUCACCACAGCUGCCCUCACCACAGCUGCCCUCACCACAGCCUCACCACAGCUGCCCUCACCACAGCUGCCCUCACCACAGCCGCCCCCUCACCACAGCCGCCCCCUCACCACAGCUGCCCCCUCACCACAGCCGCCCUGACCACAGCCUCACCACAGCUGCCCUCACCACAGCCUCACCACAGCUGCCCUCACCACAGCUGCCCUCACCACAGCCGCCCUCACCACAGCUGCCCCCUCACCACAGCUGCCCUCACCACAGCUGCCCUCACCACAGCUGCCCUCACCACAGCUGCCCUCACCACAGCCGCCCUCACCACAGCUGCCCUCACCACAGCCGCCCUCACCACAGCUGCCCCCUCACCACAGCCGCCCCCUCACCACAGCUGCCCUCACCACAGCUGCCCUCACCACAGCUGCCCCCUCACCACAGCUGCCCUCACCACAGCUGCCCUCACCACAGCUGCCCCCUCACCACAGCCUCACCACAGCUGCCCUCACCACAGCUGCCCUCACCACAGCUGCCCUCACCACAGCUGCCCCCUCACCACAGCCGCCCUCACCACAGCUGCCCUCACCACAGCCUCACCACAGCUGCCCUCACCACAGCCGCCCUCACCACAGCCGCCCUCACCACAGCCGCCCCCUCACCACAGCUGCCCCCUCACCACAGCCGCCCUGACCACAGCCUCACCACAGCUGCCCUCACCACAGCCUCACCACAGCUGCCCUCACCACAGCUGCCCUCACCACAGCCGCCCUCACCACAGCUGCCCUCACCACAGCUGCCCUCACCACAGCUGCCCUCACCACAGCUGCCCUCACCACAGCUGCCCUCACCACAGCUGCCCUCACCACAGCUGCCCUCACCACAGCUGCCCCCUCACCACAGCUGCCCUCACCACAGCUGCCCUCACCACAGCUGCCCCCUCACCACAGCCGCCCCCUCACCACAGAUGCAGUGUUUGAUGAUGGCCUUCUGCAGCGGGACCAUGAGACCCGGAUGCUGCUCCUGGACCCACUCCAGCACCUCCUCCACGGACCAGGAAGACACCAUGUGGGACAGAACCAUCGCUCAGCUCCUGGGAAAGGAUACAGGCGCGGAGCUGCUGAUUGGCUGCUGCAGUAACGAGGUCCCAACAGAGACAUUGACAUACACCGACGGAGACCUUUCUGCGCCGAGACCGAGAGUUAAAAGUUUCUGCAACAACUUUUACUGUUAG